GCCAAGUCUUGGGAGUACAGAAAAGCAAGCUCAGCUUUUAUUUCAGUUUCAAGGUUUUAUGCAAGCUAUUUUCACCAUCCCUGAACUCCAAAGCUUACAAUCCCAUUUCAACUCGGGGCGUCUCAGCUUCUGGUCCAGUAGUUUAACUUUCAUUCUCCCAAUCAGUCUUUUCUUUUCAGCUUAAAUAUCUUGAAAUCUGCUCAGUUCAAUCUUAGUACUUAAGUUUGUAUUCUGUCUUCCUUUCUAGCUACUCCGGUAGCUCAGUAACUGGAUCUGAAACUUUAGUGGGGGGCUUCUGUACAAAAUCUUAUUGUCUUAUUUUUGGUCUUUGAUUCUAGAUCCUUCAUCCAAAAGCCUAAGAUUCCAUGCUUGUAUAUCUUUGUUCUAGUCUUGAUUCAGGUGUUAAGAAGCUCAAUUCUUUGUAUUAAUCGUUGUAAAGCCCCGAGCUUUGGAGCUCAAUUUCUUUAGUCAUAUGCGUUUUCUUGGCUCUAUUGAUUUGGUUACUGAUUCAUGAUCUUUCCAAAUUAGGAAAAAACUGUAACCAAGUGGACCUUUUGAGUCGAUGAGGAACACUCAUAAAUUUGGUCGAAUGACUAUACCUAUGCUCAUUAUUCUUUACUUGGCCUUUACAAUUCAUGUAACUUUGGCCAACAAUUAUGUGCCAACCGAAAAAAUCCUCCUAAAUUGUGGGGGAGCUUCAAAUGGCAGUGAUACCGAUGGUCGGAAGUGGACCACAGAUAUUGGGUCCAAGUAUCUGUCAACUAGUCGGAAAACCAUCGCAUCUCAAGCUGCUACUCAAGAACCUUCGGUCCCUCAAGUCCCUUGCAUGACUGCUCGGGUUUUCUACACAAAUUUCACCUAUAAAAUUCCCGUGGUCCCUGGUCGAAAAUUCGUUCGUCUUUACUUUUAUCCUGUUUCCUAUGCAGGCUUAAAUGUAUUCGACGGCAUUUUCUCUGUCACGGUAGGGUCAUAUACUCUCCUUAACAACUUUAGUGCUGCACAAACUGCAGAAGCACUAAAUUUCGCAUUUCUUGUUAAGGAGUAUUCAGUCAAUGUUGAUGGUCAAACAUUGGAUAUAAGUUUCAUUCCAUCUGCCAAAGCUCCAAAGGCGUAUGCAUUUGUGAAUGGGAUUGAGAUUGUGUCAAUGCCUGAUAUUUAUAGUUCCAUUGAUGGAACUCUAAAGAUUGUGGGUCAAAAUUCUGCUUUCUACAUUGGGAACAACACUGCACUCGAGAAUGUUUAUCGGUUGAAUGUGGGUGGAAAUCAUAUUCCGCCCUCCCAAGAUACAGGUCUUGAUAGGACUUGGUAUAAUGAUGUUCCAUACGUCUAUGGGUUUGCCUUUGGUGUUACAUAUUCUGCUGAUCUUGAUACAAACAUGACGAUCCAAUAUCCUCCGAGCAUUCCUUCUUAUGUUGCACCAAUUGAUGUCUACGCCACAGCUAGAUCAAUGGGGCCUAAUUCUCAAGUCAAUCUCAAUUACAACUUGACUUGGAUUUUUUCAGUCGACUCCGGAUUCGCUUACCUAGUUAGGCUUCAUUUUUGUGAGAUUCAGGUAUAUAUGACCAUGGUUAAUCAAAGAGUGUUUGAUAUCUUCCUUUAUAAUCAAACUGCUGAGCAAGGGGUGGAUGUUAUUGCUUUGGCACGUGGUGAAAGUGGAGCAGAUAAGCAAAUUGGGGUUCCAGUGUACAUGGAUUAUGUGGUUCUUGUUCCAAAUGGAAGCCCACAACAGGAUUUGUGGCUUGAACUGCAUCCAAACGUACAUACCCAACCAAACUAUUACGAUGCAAUCCUGAAUGGAGUAGAGAUAUUCAAAAUUAAUGGUACAAAUGGUACUCUUGCGGGGCCCAAUCCUAUUCCUGCUCCUAGGGUGGAUGUAUUUAGCCCAAUAAGUUAUAUACCAUCAUCAGGCGAUUAUAAAACAAAGAUUCGCAAAGCAAUUGUCAUUGGAGGUAUUUGUGGUGGAAUCAUCUUAGCCAUUGUUAUUGGUUUCUUUCUUAUUGCUGCUUCUCAUUGCCAACAUGGAAAAAACUCCAGUGUAAGGGAUGUUCCUUCUAAGUGCCACCAAGAUCUUGAACAAGGAUUUACCAAGAACCUUUGUCGCCGCUUCUCAUUUGUUGAGAUCACGGUUGCCACCAAGAACUUUGAUGAGGCUUUACUCCUUGGGGUUGGAGGUUUUGGUAAAGUUUACAGGGGAGAAAUUGAUGGUGGAGCAACCCCAGUAGCAAUCAAGCGUGGAAACCCACUCUCUGAUCAAGGAGUGCAUGAGUUUCAAACUGAGAUUGAAAUACUUUCAAAAGUUCGUCAUCACCACCUUGUUUCAUUGAUUGGCUAUUGUGAAGAUAGUUGCGAAAUGAUUCUUGUUUAUGACUACAUGGCUCAUGGAACACUACGUGAGCAUCUAUACAAGACCCCAAAAUCACCAUUGCCUUGGAAGCAAAGGCUUGAGAUAUGCAUUGGAGCUGCUCACGGUUUAUACUAUCUCCACACUGGUGCUAAGCAAACUAUUAUCCACCGAGAUGUUAAGACAACAAACAUUCUCUUGGAUGAGAAGUGGGUUGCCAAGGUUUCUGAUUUUGGGUUGUCAAAAAUAGGCCCUACCAUGGAUAAAACACAUGUAACCACUGUUGUUAAGGGUAGUUACGGUUAUUUGGAUCCAGAAUACUUAUUGUUGCAACAAUUGACUGAAAAGUCUGAUGUUUACUCAUUUGGGGUUGUUCUUUUUGAGAUCAUAUGUGCUCGGCCAGUAUUGAAUCGAACACUUCCAGAGGAGCAAGUGAGCUUGGUAGAGUGGGUUGCACAUUGCCAUGAGAAAGGUAUUCUUGAUCAGAUAAUAGAUCCUUAUCUAAAGGGGAAGAUUGCACCAGAAUGCUUUAAGCAGUUUACUGAAAUUGCAAUGAAGUGUGUGGCUGAUCAGAGCAUUGACAGGCCAUCUAUGGAUGAAGUGACAUGGAACCUUGAGUUUUCUUUGCAGCUACAAAGGAACGCAGAGGAAAGCAAUGAGGGCAUUAGCGAAAUACACAUUAAGGAGGAGCCAUUUGUACCCCAUAAAUGGAGGAAAAAUCUUGAUGCAUCUCCAAGUUUUGAUGGUUGUGGACAUUUGUUUUCCCAAGAAGUCAUGUCUCAAAAGCUUAAUGUUGGUCAUCUUUGGACUGGGUUUUUUUAAGCAAGCAGGUUCGAAACUCUAGGCAAAUAGUGGUUGUUGGUGGAUGAGCAAUAGUGAUUAAGGGUUGAGACUUGAGAUUGAGAUUUGAAAAAAAAAAAAAAAAAAAAAAAAAA